AUGGACGCCAACGCCUACACCAUCCCCUUCCAAUUCACCAAAAGCCUUCGCCGUGAUGUCUAUCCUGCUAUCGACCCCAAGAACCCUGAGCAGAAUGCAGCUGGCAAAGUCGUCUUGAUCACUGGGGCUGGUGGCGGCAUCGGAGGAGAGACUGCCCGUGCUUGGGCAAUUGCUGGAGCCGAGGGUAUCAUCCUCGUCGGCCGUAAAGCUUCGCUGCUCCAGGAGCCCGCAGGGGCGAUUUCUUCUAUCAACAAAGAUGUCAAAGUGUUGACGAUGACUGCUGAUUUGACCUCCGAAGCCGAUGUCGAGGAAUUGUUUAGCCAGGCUAAGACUACCUUUGGCAAAGUCGAUGUUGUUGUCAACACCGCUGGUACUAUGACCGGUGGUCCUGUUGGAGACAUGAUACCCCAGCAAUGGUGGACUGACUUUGAGGUCAAUGUGAAGGGCACUUACACUCUGACCCACCAUUACCUCAAGACCUUCGGCAGCAGCGGCACACUGAUCAACCUCGUCAGCUUGGGCGCCUCCAUGACCGCCCCUGGCAUAUCAUCCUACUCUACCUCCAAGCUCGCAGUCAUCAAGCUCUCCGAGUACCUCGAUGCCGAAAAGCCUGACCUCCGCGUCUUCACCUUACACCCUGGUAUAGUAGCCGCCACUAAGAGCAAGCGCGGUAUGGUGGUUGAUGCGUUCGCUCCUUUCGCCAAAGAUCCUGGCAUGUUAACCGGUGCUGUAUCGCUUUACCUCGCUACUCCCAAGGCUGAGUAUCUGCGUGGUGGUUUCACCAGCGUCAACUGGGAUGUUGAGGAGAUGGAGAAGCACAGGGAUGAGAUCAAGGAGAAAAAGUUGUUGAAGCUCGCUUUCCUCAACGGAAAACUUGGUCCUGAGGGUUAUACUUGGUGA